UCUCCCUCGCUCCAUCGGUGGCGUCGCUACUUUGCGCAUGUACGGUCCAGUCAACCCGAGCAUUGCAUCGAUUCCAAGAUGGCGAACGCACGUCUGGCUUGCCUCCUGACUCUCCUCUCAACUCACUGCUACUUUAGUGUGCUGGCAGUGGUACUGAGGACGAAUAACGACUCGCCAUGGACCGACGAGUUCGACAAAAUUGAGUUAUCGUGUUUGAUUGAGUCCAUUUCUACAAGCAAUCCCAGAAUUGAAUGGAAGAAGAUCACAAAUGGGGGACCGAGUUAUGUGUACUUUGACAAGAAGAUCUCAGGUGACCUGGAGAACAGAGCAGUGAUCAGAGAACCUGCCACAUUACUGAUAACCAACGCCACGAGAUUGGACACAGCAAAAUAUCGCUGUGAGGUCACUGCUGCUGAUGAUCAGAGGUCAUUUGACGAGAUUGUGAUUGACCUUGUUGUAAGAGUGAAGCCAGUGGUGCCAAAAUGCAGCGUCCCCAAAUCGGUGCCUUUUGGGAAGCCAGCUGAGCUGAGCUGUGUGGAGGAGGAGGGCUUCCCAAAGUCUCAGUACCAGUGGUUCAAGAGCCGGGAGGAGAUUCCUGAAGACCCGAAGACCAGCCUCAAGUUCUUCAACUCCUCAUACAUUCUCAACGCAGAAACAGGAACUCUGAAAUUCAUCGCAGUCAGGAAAGAAGAUGCAGGGGAGUAUUUCUGUCGAGCAAAGAACGAUGCUGGGAACUCUGAGUGUCUACCCCAGAUGAUGGAAGUUUAUGAUGUCGAUUUGUUGGGGAUUCUACUGGGAGUGCUGGUGGUGGUCAUAGUGCUGCUGUGUAUAACAGUGGGGAUCUGCUGUGCAUACAAGCGAGGCUACUUCUCCAGCCAAAAACAGGCAGGAAACAAUUACAAAGUUCCAGCCAAAGGAGACGGAGUGGACUACGUCAGGACGGAAGAUGAGGGGGAUUUCCGACACAAGUCGUCAUUUGUGAUCUGAGGAGGGAGAGGAUGAUGAGGGGCAUUGUGCUGAGUGAGAGACGUGACGUGUGGGACCGCGCUCCACGCUGUCUGACCACGGAGCUGCCACAGUUCAUGCUCUCUGCUCUCAGCAUGACUGAAAUCCAACCACUCAAGUUUGCCAAAGGUGACAAGAUUUCACAGAACAUCAUGUAAAACGGCCGGGGGGAAUUUGUCAACUUCUCUUCUGCUAAAUUCUGGAGCUCUUACUUUACAGUUACUGCAUGGUUUUAAACACUAAUCGAGGCGGAGAAAAGGAAACAGCUCUUUGUUCUGCCAGGUAGAAAAGGAGGCGUCUCUCUGUCCUCCACAGUCAGUCUAUCAUGACGCAUUUCUACUGUAAACUUCUAGCUUCAAACCUUUUGUCAUUUGUAAAACGUUUCUUUUCUACUGUUGAAAUUUGUCAGACUAUUUUUGAUGGAAUAUAUUUUAAAAUGCCUAUAGAUAAAGGUUUACUUUUUUAAAUAUUUGUAAAAUACUAACAUGUGUUUUUUUUAUUCUUAUUAUUAUUUGGUUGUGGAUGUAAAGAUGUGUCAUACUUUAACCACUUUGCAUCAAGCAUUUACACCUUUGCAAUCAGAGCAAAAGAAAGACAAACUGACUUGUAUCAGCAUAUCGAAAUGUGCUUCUUGAUCGGCAGUCUUACAUAUUUAAUUUCUGCGCUGGGAAAGUCCCGUUUCUGUAGCGAGAGACUUCCAUGUUGAUGUUUGUAGAUAGUCUUAGCGAGAGGCUUUGAAGAGUGCCAGUCAAAUGCUGUGAAACACUGUCCACAAUCAGUGCUGCGUUUUCUUCUUUUUAAGUGUCCUUCUAUGCUUGCUGUUCAUCUUGUAUAUAUCGAACUUAAUGACCAGGUUAGAGUUUUGCUGUCAUGCAUAUGUUCAGUAUUACACUAUAAUAAUAAUUAUAAUAUUAAUGAUAAUAAUAAUAAUACAGGGUUUGCAAGUUAACCCUCCAGAUCCAAGCAAAACAAAUUGAUCUUUGAAAAACGGGACAUGCUACUCGUGAACUUCACAGAGUAAAAGCCUCUGUGUGAAUUCUAAACGGAAACAGAUUGUGCGAUCACAGAACACAGAGCUUUCAGAACCAGGUUUAAUUUAACUGCACCCCCACACCCACACCCCCUUUUUUUUAAAGCUGUAAUUACCAAAGGUGCCACCCACGUCAGUGAAAAGAUCCCACCUCUUCAGUAGACACACAGUGAGGCGCAACAUCUUCUCCGACCUGAAUCCUGCUGCACAAUUUACUGAUGUCACAUUUGUUUCCAAUUAGUUUUUACUAAUGCUUCAUUAGAGUAGAGCUCGUGUAACCAGAAGAAGACGGACAGUGAUUGAUUGCAGCUCGUAUUCGUCAUUUCUGUCGGUGAAGCUGAAGGCUCUCAGAAGUGACGCUACACUUGAGUGGUACAGUGAUAUACAGCCGAGGUCUGGAGGGUUAACACUUGUACUGAUUGUAUAUAGAUUUCCUCUCUCUUUAUCAAGAUUAUGUUAAGUGGUGAAAAAUGUACACAAAAAAAACAUUUCCUAUUUGAGGCGAUAUGAAACUCUUUCCAUUUGUAAGGCUGAGAAAAGGUAACGUCUUAUCAUACUGUCAUAACACAUGAAGAGGAGCAGCGCGGCAGAUUGACGAUUCCACAACUGUCUCAGUUUAAUGAGGUAUUCAGAACAAACUGCACCCUGCUUCAAAGUUAUUUACUGGCUUCUGUUAUUAUUAAUCAUAUUUCCAACAUCUUUUUAAUGUUUCAUAGCAAAAGUUUGGUCAAACGUUACCUGAGUAUCAGUCAUGGUCGAGACGAUCAGCCCAACAUUUGCACAUAGGAAGUUGUCAACACUGCUCAGUCUUUCUUUCCAAUGAAAUAUGUUGCAUUAAGGAACCAAGAGAAAAAAAACAAUGUAACAUUAUAAAUACACCUAAUCAAUGAGUACAGGUACAUUACAAGUCCUCCUCUUCAUUUCUACAAAUGUCAUUCCUCUUAAGUGCCUUCAGCCUUUAACAUCGUCACAGUUUCUCUGUGCUCUCUCCCUUUUGUACAUUUCUACAACGCUGUCAGGCUCAAUGUUUGACAUUUCAUUUAACCACAACCCGUACGGCGUUUGAGAGGAAUGAUGCCACCGCUAAAUUAACACCUCCCGUCUUUACAUAUCCGCAAUUUUUGUAAAUAGUUUUUGUUUUCAUAGAUUUGAAGGUGCAGACACAUUGAAGUAGAAAUAUAUUAGUGCCUAAAUAUAGUGGGAAUAAUCUUUUUGGUAAAGACACACGGUACUUAGGCUAAAGAAAAAAAGGAUAUCCCAAGUGGUAAAUGUUUAUAUGAUCUCUGAGUUAUAAAAAAUAUAGCAGUAUUUUUUCCAUUUAUAGCACCAGUAGUGUGGGGAGUUUUAUUUUGAAAGUGCUGUGCCACUACUUUCAGCGUUGAAGUGUCUCGCAGCUGUAAUGGAGAUGUAAAUAUUCAGGCUUUAUAAACCAGAGUUCAAGCAUCGAGGCCGACGGGGACUCAUGUGCAGCAGCUACAUGUCAGCCCACAUCUCCCCCCCGCAUAGUCCUGAACGUGUGCGCUGUGCUAAGACGUUGAGAGGCAGCGGUGAUAGAGAUUAUAUUUGCACCACACAUGGUGAGAUGGUUUCCAAAGUUGUUCUGGGUUCGGGGCCACGAUACAGCCAUUCAUUCACCAUCGUCUUUCAGCUCAAUGAAGGCUCCACUGAUCCAGCACUGUUACUGGUGCAUGUAAGAAAACUGGAUUUUCUGAACUUAACUCACACACAGUGGAAUGUCCCUUGAGGGCCUGCUCUUUUUUUCUUUUCUUUAUUCUUUUAGAACCACUCAAUUUGUGAUUAAUAAACUCACUUCCUAUGAUACUGGUGA